AUGGAGCAAGACACACCUCCCCUUCCUCAUCACAUUGAAGAAGCAAUUCGCAAUUUCCGCGACAACAUCAUAGAUUGUCCCUUGGAGAGACUCAACAACAGUGGUCUUCUUAUAACCGCUGGUGGUUCAAACUUAAUUGAUGUUAGAAAUGAUGAUGAAGUUGAAAAAUGUGAGUAUACUAUUCGCCAGAGCUAUUUUAAAGUGAAUAAUUUAGUCCUCGAAGAGUUAACCCAAGCACUACUUUUCAAUAAGAAUGCUGCUCAUAUUUUUUAUGAAAAAGCUGGUGAGGUUCUUUAUGAUGAUGUCAAAACAUCAACAGGAACAAAGGUGUACACAUAUACCAGAAAAAUCUACAAAAUUUAUUUAUGUUUGAAGAAUAUUAUACAUAUUGAUGAGUUGAAGAAUGCUGAUGAAAGUGUUACACCAGAUCUUGCAGGAAUUAAAGGACUUCCAUCUACGCAUGGUCUGAAAUUUUACCAACUGUCCAGAUUAGUAGGUUUCAAUAAUACUAAAGAAAUUGAUUGGUUAGAAAAUUCAAGUCCAUUCAAAAGUCUCCAAGAUUUCAUUGAAUCAAGUCUUUCUGGGCUAUCAGAACAUCAAGUACACACGCUGCUAGGUUUUCUCUUAGGAAUGUUCAUAGACAAAAACCCGCUUUUUACUGAUACAAAUGGUGCUACGUAUGAAGAGGAUUCCAAAGUAGCAUUUUUAGACAAUUUUCUUAAACCUACAGUAAAGUUUUUCAACCAUAUUAUGAAAUUAUCUGAGGUAACUGGGGACAAAAAAUUCAAGUUUGUUGCCAAAGAGCAAACAAUGAGACACCUAGAUGUUACAACUAAAACAUUUUUGGGUCCAAAGGCGCAAACCAAGUAUAGAGGAAAACCAGACAUCAAUUUAGAGUUGCAGUGUAAAGAUGAUUUGAGGGUGGUCUUGAAAGAAUUUCCAAUUGAGGUCAAAAACAUCAAGUUGUCCAAAACCAUACGCUCUGAAAGUCCAAACCAGGUUAAGGUCGAAGAUGUUGAUCUAUAUCCACCAGUUAACCGUCAGACCACAUUUUAUACCCUAUGCUCAAAAAGCAAAGCCUCCAUGAUCACAGACCUGAUAACAACAGUUUGUAUAAACUAUAACCAUAUUUCAAAAGCAAGUUAUGCUAUAGAUAUAAAUGAAUCAAUUGGUGAUCAAACAUUGGUUAUUGAUGACCCAGUGGAUGUUCAUGUUUGUGACUCAUCAUCUUCACACUAUGUUGGAAUUUCUCUUCAGUUGUUACUCCUUUUGAUUCUAUUUGAUAUGAUGGCUGCUCAAUUAUCAGAUCUUGGUGUUUCAAGUAUUCCAAAUAGGUUCAAUUUGAUUAAUGCGGAAUCUGAUGAAAACUCCAAAGAAACAUUAUCAAAUCUAUUGAAAGCAAUGAUGGAUGAUAUACCUGAGAAGAAUUUGGAAACAUUUUUAGCUGGUGGUCCUAGUAUGUUUGCAAGUGUCUCAAGUAAUGAAUGUAUUAAAAAAAUGUUUAAUAAUCAAUUCAAGAUGAAGUUGAAGAGUCAAAAUAUUGAAAUGAGAUACAAUGGCACCAACAGUCACAUUUUGGAAAUAAUAAUCAAAAAUUUAAUUACAAGCAAUGAUGGCUCUUUUGUUGAAUGUGAUGAAGAUAAUGUGUCUUUCAACGUUAUUAAAGUUUUCAAUAUGAAUGGUAUUGAAGGAAUUCAAUGGACACUCCAAGAUCUAUUAGAAACUCCAAAAAUUGUACCAAAGUUUGCAAAAAAUGAUAUUGAACAUGCCAAAGCUCAACUUAAUGCUUAUAAUCAACGUUUGUCUGGGUUUACAAAUGAGCUAAGUGCCUUGGACAAGAUCUAUAAGUAUAAUCAAAAAUGUCUAGAAGAUGAUGAAAUUACAACACCAAAAGUCCUAAAAGCUGGUAUGGCUAAAUUUUUGAUUGAAGAUGAUGAAAAUAAUCUUAAUCCUGAAGUUAUUUUUGGUCCAUUCUUGGUUUUGAGAUACAACUCAACCCUAUUAGCAAGAUCAUCUAAACCACUGAGAAGGGAAGAGAUCAAAUUGUUACAUAAACAAAUUGAUAUUCUUCAUAAAAAAGUUAGACUUCAUCAUAGAAAGUUGAAUCUGAGAAGUGUGUUCUGCUAUGAUGGUAAAGUCCAUAUCUCCAAUUUUGAUCAAUCUACUAGAGUUUCUCCUGGAGGUGUUUGUUCAUUUGAUGGAUCUGAAACUUCAUCUCAUGCUGGUUGUAAAGAUUAUGAAUUCAUUUCUCAAUUGUAUGAAUUUGCAAGAACACAAGGUGAUGAUGUUGAAAUGGAACUUUGA